CAAAGUCCCUAAGAUUGUCACUAGAAGUGUUGUGUGGGUGUUGUUGUCUUGUGUACCACUCGGGUACAAAUCGUUUAUUUUGUGUUUGUGUUUGCUGGUUUUAAAUAAUAAUUAUGUUUUUUUCAACAUAAAGUUAUUUCCCCAUUGUUGCUUCAUGGUUCAUAUGAGUUUAAUGAAUAUUCUGCAAUCGAGUUGCCUCAACGAUGGAUUUCUUGAGUUCUUGGAGGUUGAAGACAAUUUCUGUUUUCUUGGCUAUUUGCUACGUUUGUAGCAUAAAUUGUCAAAACUUGGGACCAUCAAAUACUCCAGAAGCCUAUUUCAACGGUUCAGCUUAUCUUCGUUUGCAAACAACAAUUUCGCCAAUAAAGCAAACAGGUCUCAGCUUUCGGACCUGCACAGGUGGCGGCCUAUUUUCCCAACAACAAAACGACGAUUUCCUCGAAGUUUCUGUAACCUCAGAGGGCGUUAUAUUUUUCGCGAAAACAUCCGGCAAACAAUUUAAUAACAAAAUUUUCGGAAAUUUCAUCAACAACAAAUGGCACGUAGUUUUUCUUUUUUACGAACAAGGAAACUUGACUCUUAGAGUAGAUAAUGAAAAACAGUUGAUUGCAAAUUCGAGUUACCAAACCGAACUCAUCACAAACCCCGGCUUUUACAACGAGGGGGCUUCAGUCCUCCUCGUAGGCAAACAAUUCAACGGCUGUCUCCUCGAAGGCCCCUCUCUUGUUUUCAACCAUUCGAUUAUCUACAACCACAAUGUCAAAUUCGAACCAUGCCCCAUACCUGAAGAUUCUUGCAUUCUUCAAGUCAUCGAUUACUGCGUCACCGAGCCUUGUAUGCGACGAGGCACGUGUCAUAACAGCCCCAAGGGCUACAAUUGCACGUGCCAGCCUCGGUACACGGGCAAAAACUGYGAAAUGGAUUUGGGGAACCCCUGCGAAAGGAAUCCCGCGAUUUGCAAAAACGGGGCCACGUGCAAUGCGGAUAACACGGGGGUUUACACGUGCACGUGCCCCCCGAAUUUUACAGGCAAACAUUGCGAACAACUAAUUGUGAACCAACAGUGUCAGGAUAAUCCGUGCCAAAAUGGGGCUACUUGUGUCUCGAAUGGAAAUAUAGAGUGUUUGUGUUUGCCUGGAUUCGAUGGGCCGAAAUGCGAGUUUAAUAUUGAUGAUUGCAAGGGGAAUCCGUGCAAGAAUGGGGGGAUUUGCAGGGACGGAUUGGAUAAUUUCACCUGUGAUUGUAGCCGGACUGGAUAUACAGGACGGUUUUGUCAAAUUAAUAUCAAUGAAUGUGAGACGAGUCCCUGUUUGAAUCACGGGACGUGUUUCGAUACGUAUGGGGGGUUCCUGUGCCAGUGUCCCCCGGGAUAUGGGGGCGCUUACUGCCAAAAUGUUUUACACGCAUGUUCAUCCCAGCAGUGUCUCAAUGAUGGGCAAUGUAUUAACACUCYYGAYGGUUUUAAAUGCAUUUGCCCAGAAGGUUUUGCUGGUGAACGAUGCGAAGCUGGGGAAAGACAAAUUUCAUGUGAUGGAACCAAAUGUCCUCCAUAUGCCGAUUGUGUAAAAUCCGGUAAUAAUUUUGGAUGUAUUUGCAAACCGGAAUAUCCAGGAAGUUAUCCAAAUUGUUCCAUUCCUAAUAUUUGUGCUAAUAAUCCUUGUAAAAAUCAAGGCAUUUGUACGUCUUGGAAUGGUUAUUUCAAUUGUUCGUGCUCACCGGGCUUUACAGGUCAACUCUGCGAAAUACCAAUCGAUUUGCAAUCGAAUUGUAAUUCAAAUCCUUGYCAGAAUGGAGGUUCUUGUUUCGAUAAACCCACUGGUGGUUUUUAUUGCAAUUGCACGGACCAGUGGAUGGGCACUUACUGCAAUGAUUCGUACGAUGUUUGUAAAUUAGAGCCUUGUCAGAAUAAUGCUACUUGUAUUUCUUCGCAAAAUAAACAUGAAUUYGUCUGUGAUUGCUUGCCUGGUUUCGAAGGACAGCAUUGUGAGAGGAAUAUCGACGAUUGCGUCGGUGUUUCGUGUCCCUAUGGCCAAAUUUGUUUCGAUUUGGUAAAUGAUCACGAGUGUAGAUGUCCUCUGGGCUACAAAGGGGAGAAUUGUACCAUCGACGCUGAUCCAUGUGCGAAAAAACCGUGCAAAAAUGGGGCCAUGUGUCAGAUGAGYCAUAACGAGAAUGGAUUUAUUUGUAAUUGUUUGGAAGGAUUUUCGGGUGAACGAUGCGAAAUGGAUAUCGAUGAGUGUAAAAACCAAGCGGGAAUUUGCAACGAAGGGAUUUGUCAGAAUGAAAUUGGGGGAUUUCAGUGUUAUUGUAGACCGGGGUAUACGGGGGAACGAUGCGAUUUGGAUUUCGACGAGUGUUUAUCAAUGCCUUGUCGACAUCAAGCCACUUGUCUCAAUAAAGUUAAUAAUUAUGAGUGCAUUUGUCCUCCGGGAUAUGAAGGCAAAGACUGCUCGAUUAAUAUAAAUGAGUGUGAACCUAUGCCCUGCAUGAAUGGCUCCACUUGCAUCGAUGGUAUCAAUAAAUUUACUUGCAACUGUCAGCCGGGGCUCACAGGGAAGAUUUGUGAAAUUAAUAUCGACGAUUGUGAGUCAUCUCCAUGUUUGAAUGGCGCCGAAUGCAUCGACGGGCUCAACAGCUACACCUGUAACUGCACCGACACCGGCUACACCGGCACCCAUUGCGAGACAAACAUCAACGAUUGCAUUGGCGACCCUUGCGAAAACGGCGCUUCCUGCGAAGACAAAGUCAAGGAUUACGAAUGCCACUGCUACGCCGGCUACACCGGCAAAAAUUGCGAAAUCGACAUCAACGAAUGCGACAGUAAUCCGUGCAAACACAACGGCACUUGUUACGAACACUCGAACCAAACCCUCUACCAACUCACUUACACAAAUCUUCCUGAAAUAUUCRCAUCGAAAUUCAGCUAUGACAAAGCCGCCGGUUAUGAAUGUCAAUGUGUMGAAGGCGUCACAGGCGAAAAUUGCGAAAUUGACAUUAAUGAAUGCGAAAGUUCGCCGUGUUUUGAAGGCACAUGUGUGGAUAAAAUCGGAGGAUUUGUCUGCGACUGUGAUGAAGGUUUCGAGGGUGAAAGAUGCGAUAUUGAUAUCAACGAAUGCGAACGUUACAAGCCUUGCCUUUAUGGGAAAUGUUGGGAUAGAAGAGCGUCGUAUUAUUGCGAAUGCGAUACGAAUUACGGCGGGAAAAACUGUUCGGUUGGAUUGACAGGUUGCGAUACGAAUCCKUGUUUGAAUUCGGGGACUUGUAAACCGUAUUUGAUCGAUGAAAAUAUCCACCGAUUUAAUUGCUCUUGCCCUCAUGGGUAUUACGGACAAGUGUGUGAGCAAAUCACGACAAUGUCGCUAUCGGGGAAGUCCCUGAUUAUUGUAAAYACAUCACGGGAAGAAGGCUAUGACAUUCAAUUCCGGUUUAAGACAACACUAGGCGAUGGAUUAUUAGCUUUGGGCAAAGGUUUGACUUACUAUAUCCUCGAGUUGUCUCGAGGGCGUCUAAAUCUGCACUCAAGUUUAUUGAAUAAAUGGGAAGGCGUUUUUAUUGGAUCGAAUUUAAAUGACAGUCAAUGGCAACGCGUUUUUGUAGCGAUUAAUUCGACUCAUCUUGUUUUAUCAGCGAAUGACGAACAGACAAUCUAUCCGAUUAGUUUUAACGAAAUUUCAAACGGUACUACCUAUACGAGUUUUCCCUUGACGUACAUUGGGGGAAUCCCAAGUAAUUUGAAAAAAUUGACUCAUGGUAAACCGUAUUUAGUCGGUUGUACCGAAGACGUGCUUAUUAACGGCGAAUGGAUUUUACCAGAGASCAAAAAUCCGGCUCUCACUUUCCAAGAAGUGGCAAAAACGUGUCAGAGACAACCUCAAUGUAAUCCGAAUCCGUGCCAUUCAGGGGGGCACUGCACCGAUCUCUGGCUCGGUUUUAGGUGUACUUGUGGACGGCCCUAUUUGGGGGACACUUGCCAAUACAAUUAUACAGCUGCGACUUUCGGUUAUGAAAACAUAACCAAUUCUUUGGUGACGGUUUAUGUGGAUAGUGCUGCAAGACGUGCUGUUCGUACUAUAGUAGACAUAAGCAUGUUUAUAAGGACGAGACAACCCAAAGGUCAAAUUUUUUAUUUGGGGUCCUUGCCGAGGACAAUGAAUCCAGCUGAGGAGACGUAUAUUGCGGCACAAUUAGAAGGGGGCGAAUUAUUAGUCAGGAUACAGUUUAAUGGCACUCCCGAGGCCUAUACUGUAGGCGGCGUGAAGCUUGAUAAUGGGUACGAUCAUUUAAUUGAGGUCAUCAGGAACGUCACUCUGGUGCAAGUAAAACUAAACGGAACUGAAUAUUUUCGGAAGACAAUUUCCGCGACGGGUACCCUCGACGCUCAAGUCCUCUUUUUAGGGGGCCCCCCUCAAACCCGUCCGGUUCGCCAAGCCAACGACAAUUUAGUCAAAAUCGAUACAAUUUCACCAACAUCAUCAGCAGUAAUAGCCACUCCGUUAAGCAACGUCCACUUCAAAGGAAUCAUCCAAGACGUGCAAAUCAGUAAUGGRUCAUCGGUUAUGAUUGUCGAAUUUUUCCCMCUUAACGUUAAAGAAUURGACAUYCCGAAAUCUUUCGGUGAGGUUCGAUUUGACGAAACUUCAGUACUUGAAGGAGUCCGAUCUGAUAAUUCCUGUCGAACAAAUCCGUGUUUACAUAACGGUGUUUGUGAAAACACUUGGAAUGAUUACCGGUGUAUUUGUACMCGWGGUUUUAAAGGRAAAGAUUGCUCGGAUUUGGAAUUUUGUGAAAUUGAGAGGUGUCCCAAAGAAUCGGUUUGUAAAAAUCUCGAAGACGGAUCUGAAUGUGUCGCUAAUGCGACUUUUGAUGGAAAAACACCACCGUUGAAAUAUCAUCUAAUGACUUGGCCUAACUCGACCAAAAUUGUGACUUAUGAUACUUUAGAAUUGACGUAUCGGACGAGGUCAUGGGGGACGAUUUUUUUCGCAAAACAUGAGGAUGACUUCUUUGCCAUAUUUAUUUAUCAUAAUGAGGUUGUCGUGGAAUGGUCUAUUAACAAAAUCGGGGAUAGUAAACGGUUCAGGAAGGAUUAUUUCGAAGGUCAAUGGUUGACCAUCUAUUUCGAGUAUAAAAAUUCUAUUUUGAAAGGCGGUUUCAAAGACAUGGUUAUGGAUGAGGCCCCAAAUAUGAAAGUUGCCAACUUUGAUAUUGACGGUUUUACAAAUAUCUUAACUUUUGGUGAAAUUUACGUCGCGGGUAGUGAUGGUGUCACACUUGACUAUCAAAAUAUCAUUAAUAGUUCUAAUGUUAACAUGACUGGAUAUAUCCCCUACAGUGAUACCACUACAACACCAUCAACUACAAGUAAUUCAGUCGAGGAGAAUGACUACUUUUCUGACGUUUCGUUGUUUAAAGUCGACCAAAACAAAUCCACUGAUCUUUUUAAGGGGUGUAUUAACGAGAUUCGAAUCGGUGGUAUUUUACUACCGUUUUUCCCAUCGAGUGAACUGUUCCAAAAAUAUCAUUAUUUUGAACUUUAUUCCGAAAAUCGCCCCCAAAUAGGUUGCAUUCUCUGYCACCCCACCGACUGUUACAAUCAAGGAGUGUGUGCAAACCCUCUCGAAUAUUACAAAUGCAAUUGUCCGGCCGGUUUUACAGCCGACGAUUGUUCAAUAGACAUCAAUGAAUGUGAGAAAAACGAGUGUCAAAAUAACGCCACUUGCAUUGAUCUUAUCGCCGAAUAUGAGUGCAAGUGUGAACCUGGCUUUGAGGGCGAACAUUGUGAAACCGACAUUGAUGAAUGUGCGAGUAAUCCGUGCCGACAUGGGGGCACCUGUAAUGACGCAAUCGGGACUUUCAAGUGCGAUUGUCCCGAAGGCUUCGCUGGAAAACAAUGCGAAGCACCGAUACUUAUCACUUGUGAUAAUAAACCGUGCAAAGAGGGCGCCACUUGCAAAACCGGCACUAAUGAAGUCACCGGAAAUAAUUUUACUUGUAUUUGUACACCAGGGAUGGAGGGGCCCCUUUGUGACACUCCCUUUUGUUUCCAACAACCCUGUAUAAAUAACGGUACUUGUGUCACUGAAACGGAAGUGCCGUUUUGUAAUUGCACAGUCCGAGGUUUUGAGGGUAAAUUCUGUGAGAUAAACAUCGACGACUGUGAUAUCCCGACUGGAAAUCCGUGCCAACAUGGGGGCAUUUGUAACGACCAAAUAAAUAAAUAUGAGUGUGAUUGUAAUGGGACAGGUUGGGGUGGGUUACUAUGCGAAAACGACAUCAACGARUGUAUCCAAAUCCCWGAACCGUGUGGUGUGGGUGGAAAAUGCGAGAAUUUUGAUGGGGGUUAUUCUUGCGUCUGCGAUGAUAAGUCGAAAUGUGGGCAUUCGUGUCUCUUGGAUAAUCCCUGUGAUUCCCAGCCUUGYGUUCAUGGGGAUUGUACUCCUGCGUGUACCGACAAAGCCGAUUAUAUUUGUAAAUGCAAGGAGGAUUACAGUGGGAAGAAUUGCAGUGAUUAUAAAAUAGCAGCGAGUCAGAUGGACCAAAUCAACAUUUUGUAUAUUAUAAUCCCGAUUGUUUUGAUUUUGAGUGUUGGGAUUGCGAUAGGAUUGGCAGUGUUGGUUAACGUGGCGAGAAGUAAGAGAGCGACGAGGGGGACGUACAGUCCUAGUGCUCAGGAGUUUUGUAAUCCAAGAGUUGAGUUGGAUCAUGUUUUGAAACCGCCGCCUGAGGAGAGGCUCAUUUAAUUGUUUUUUAUUGUUUUGUUAAUUUUUUGAUGGCAUUCGAAUCAAGUAGGUUUAGUAUUUAUUGUAGAUACUCAUUUGUUCGGUUUUUACGCAACAGUAAUGUAACAUAGUACUUAACCUUUUUAUUAAUGACUUAAUUUUUUAUUAAUAGUAUUAUUUUAAACAGUGUUUUCGUUUUGGAAUCGCUGUGUUUUACGGCAAUAAUCAAUUUUAAGCCGUCCAUUGUAGUCUUGUGAUAAAGGUAGGAAAAAUUAAUGGUGACAAAUGUAAUUAUUAAGAAAAAAUGUUGACCAAAGUGUGUAUAUAUUUUUUUAUCUAUACUUAUAGAUUUUCUACGUUUUAUUUGGUGUAAUUUAUGAAAGUGAUUGCAAGUCGAAUUUGUACUUAAUGCUCUUGUAACAUUCAGAAAAGUAAUAAAAAUCAAACACUUUA